UUUGACUAUGUGAUCACGGGAAAAUCAAAACGUCACUCAAGGAAUUCACACCUGUAAGAAAUGAAAUGGCUGAUUGAAUGGGCGCGUCUUUCCAAAGGACUAUGUGGUGGCUGCAUGCUGGCGGUGAACGUUAACUUCACGGAGGCAACAUGAUACACCCUCACUGGGAGAACUGUCCCCAGCAUCAAGACUUCACCAUGCGCACCAUCCAGACUAUAGAAAACCACAUCCCUGUGCUGAGGGAGAGCAUUGUCAGGACUCCUUUCACAGGGAGAACUGUGUGCCUGUUCAAUAUGAAUACAAACAGACACAAUCCCCAUCAGACUCCCCGUCACAGCCCCUAUAACAGCCACACUCCCCGUCACAGCCCCUAUAACAGCCACACUCCCCGUCAGACUCCCUGUCACAGCCCCUAUAAUGGCAACACUCCCAGCCGCACUCCCCUUCACAGCCCCUGCCGCAGCCAGACUCCCUGCCGCAGCCCCUAUAACAGACACACUCUCCGCUAUAGUCCUUAUAACACCCGUUCUCCCCGCCAGACUCUCUGUCACAGCGGCCACCUCUCCCUAGAGCCCAGCCAGUACCCAACUCCCCAGCCAUGGUUUUCUCUACCCCUGGCGAGGAGGCAGCCUGCGGAGAGGCAGCCGGCGGAGACCUCUUCUACUGUUGUUUCUGAAAGCUAUUUCUCUUCCUCCAUCCCUGCUAGGCUCAGCACAUUAUGCAGAGCAGCAGAUGGAGAGGAGGAGAGUGAGACGGGAGAGAGAGAGCAGGUGCACGCGCAUGGAAAGAGGCUGCAGGGAGGAGGGGGAAAAGGGAAGCAGCGAGAAAUCGAGCAGGGAGGAGGGGGAGAAGAGAAGCAGCGAGAUAUCGCACUGGCGCAGGGAGGAGGAGAGCGAGAGCAGGCGUACGUCGUCUUCGCAUCAUCAUCAUCAUCAGCACUGCUUCUCUCAUCAUCGUCACGGGAAAGCAGCAUCACAGCCUCGCAGCAGCUACGCAGACGUAGACGGAGGAGCAGCAGAGAAAAUGGCAGCUGUUUUCAAAGACAUGGCCUGAGUCUCGGCACCAGACAGAAGUGGAGGCUGAGAUUCAGCAUCAUGGGGAACCAGGAGGGGAAGCAGAAGAAGGGGAAAGAGGGGGACGGAUACGGACAGGACGCAGCAGAACAUACCACCGGGGAGCCCCGUCACACUGACGGCACAAACAAAGGAUUUCACCACGGCAAGAAAUCCCACGGAAAACAUGGCAAAGGAGGAGGAGAGGAGAAGAAGAAUAAGAAGGAGUCUAAAUCCUCUGUGUUCUCUAUCAGGAAGAGGAAGAAUCUAAAGGGGAAGGGAUCGACAGGGGGAUCCAGGGAGGAUGUGUUGUCGUCUCAGAAUGAGCUGGACUCCGCUCACUCUGCUCACACCAAAACACCAGAUCUCUCUCUGUCAGCUGACGAGCUGGGCCAAUCUGACACCGAGGGACCAGCAGAGCCUGGUGAUGGGCAUGGUGCUAGGAGUCAUGGUUGUAUCACGGGGGAGAGCCGUCAGCCCACGGGGGAGAGCCGUCAGCCUCAGCCCACGGGGGCGACCGCGGACACUGCUCCAGACCAGCAGGGGGUGGUUGAACAGAGAAAGAGGAGCAGCUCUGGUUCAGACCCGGACAUCUAUAGCUUUCACUCAGCUGCAGAACAAGAGGACCUGCUAGCCGACAUCCAGCAGGCUAUUAGACUACAGCAGGGGGUGAUUAUCUCCACCGCUGAGCUGAGUGAAGAGCUGGGUUGGGGAGGAGGGUGGAGGAAACAGAGGUCUGACGAGGUUAUAACUACCCCCAGUCCCACUGAACAAACCAAAUCCCCACCGGAGCCUCUCUCUGCCCCAGAGACAGCCCCCGUCACUGGCCGGGAGAAUGGCCUGCUUUCUAAACUGUCUCUGUCUCUGGAUGGGGAGGAGGAGGAGGAGGCGGUGGAGGAGGAGAGGGGAGCUACCACUGCUACAGAGGAACUCAACUGGGAGCUGAGAGGGGCUGAAACAGAACCAGCUCUUUGUGCCUCCUCCUCUUUCUCUGGGACAAAGGAGCAGGAGGAGGAGCAGGCCGAGGAGGCAUUGAGCUGCCAAGAGGUUAACGGUAACACUCAGCCCCUCUCUCAGCCCCCCACUGCCCAGACGAACGGCCAUGUUACCAAGACAACCAGCGCUACCAGCUUCCCAGACCUCACAGCCUCCUUUGAGAGCGCUGUGGAGUCUCCUCUCAGAGAGGAGAAGGAGGUGUUGGAGGAGGUGGAGGAAGGGGAGGAGGAGGAGGAGAAUGACCUGGACAUGCCUCCCCUGUCAGCCGAGAGCCUUAGUCACAGUGAUGCGACCACGAGCCACGAGGACAUAGACCUGAGCUCUGGCAAUGCCUCUGAGGAAGAGGGGAGGGUGGGGGACUGGGUGGGGGCAGGGGUGGGGGCUGCAGUCAGCGUUGAGUCCCUGGAGUGUCUUAGCAGGGGUGAUCUGGGGUGCUCUGAGCCUGCCGACGACCCUCUGAUCACCCAGAGAAGGAAGAGCAGCGUGUCCUUCUCCCCUUGGCCCUCUCAGGAGAGCCCUAGCCUGGCCAUGCGUCUCCUCAAGUCCACCCUGACCUCCACCCUUCCAUCCUACAACCACUCUUCCUCAGGCACCAGCCCCACAGUCAAACCCUACCCUCCCAUUUACCCUUCUUACAUCAAGACCACCACCAGGCAACUCUCUGGCUCCCCAGGCACCUCGCCCUCACGGAGCCCCUUGUUCCGCCAGCGCUGCCACGACCUGGGACACCGCACGGAGAAGUGGAGGGUUAGACGACAGCGCUCCCACAGCAUCGCCGGUCCCCUCAGCUGGUCCGCGGACUGGACCGAGGAGCUGGACAGGGAGCGCCCCAUCAAGACAGGAUCAGCAGACUACCUGGAGGGGUACGGAGGGUCGGAGGACAGGCUGAGGGGGGGCAGUCAGCCCCUGUGUGCCACACGGAGAUCCUCCGCCGGACACGUGUCUACCUGUAGCUUCCACGACAUCUUCACCGGUCGUACUCUCCUAGAGAAGUUGUUCCUGCAACAGGAAGAUGCCCAGCCAGAGGAAGCUGAGAAGCUGUGUUCUCGGAUUCUGGCCAUGGGUCUGUUGCUACCCUUCACUGACUGCUUCAGAGACACAAUAGGAGGGUCCAACCCACAACUCGCUGCGCCAUGCAAGUUCCACCAAGACCAGCUGUACACGUGGGCAGCGGUCAGCCAGCCCCCCCACUCCAUGGAACACUUUGAGGGCCGGGCCCCCCUCCCUGGGCACCUGAAGACCCUGUGGCCCCCACCCAGACCUGUGGGAGACGAUAGACCAGGCCUCAUGUACACCGAGGAGGAGGGCGAUGAAGAACACCAGGCAGCCAUCUUGGGGCUGAAGAGACAUCAGAGGGAAGAAGUCGGCCAACUUCAGGAGGAGUCAGUGCUGAAAACAGUGAAGCUGAAAGAGGAGCACGUCAAUGUGAUCCAGCAGUUAGAACAGACCAUUGAGGACCUGCGGACUAAGAUAGCUGAGCUGGAGGAACAGCACCCCCUGCUGGACAGAGAUAUUAUUAGUAUGGAGCCGGAGGCUGGUGUGGAGGGGGAUCUGUACCGGGAGGUCUGUCAUGUAGACCUACAGACUGAGGAGAGGAUAGUGAAGGAGGUCUGUCAUGUAGACCUACAGACUGAAGAGAGGAUGGUGAAGGAGGUCUGUCAUGUAGACCAGCAGACUGACUGUCUCCUGAGUUGUCUGGAGGCCAAGUCUGUCCAGACGUCGCCUAUGGAGGAAAGCUAUAAGUUUAAAGUGCCUUUACCGGACCAGAUGCCACCCUUGUUUGUGAACGAGGCUGGAGGAGAGUCCUCUUUGUCUUCCUCCUGUUCCCUGAAACUCCCCCCAGAACUGGCCCUGUCCCUACCCAUACCCUUCUCCCCCAAGGUUGCACCAGCAUUUGUCUGUACGUGCCAACAGCAGCAGAGUGGCAUUAAACCCCCCCCACCACCUCCUUUACCUGGUCACUCCAUGGCUCCUCCUCCACCACCACCUCUACCAGGGGGUGCAAUGCCCCCACCACCUCCUCCACCUCCUCUACCAGGGGGUGCAAUGCCUCCACCACCUCCUCCACCUCCUCUACCAGGGGGUGCAAUGCCUCCACCACCACCUCCACCUCCUCUACCAGGGGGUGCAAUGCCUCCACCACCUCCUCCACCUCCUCUACCAGGGAGUGCAAUGCCCCCACCACCUCCUCCACCUCCUCUACCAGGGGGUGCAAUGCCCCCACCACCUCCUCCACCUCCUCUACCAGGGGGUGCAAUGCCCCCACCACCCCCUCCUCUCCCUGGCAUGGGGAUGGCACCUCCACCCCCUCCCUUACCUGGGAUGAUAGGGAUGGGCCCUCCCCCACCCCCUCCACCAUUACCUGGGAUGGGUGGACCUCCUCCUCCUCCUCCUCCUCCUGGCUGUGGCCCUCCUCCACCAUGUGCCCUGGGCUCCCUGGUCCCUCCGAUGCCCAUGGGACUGUAUGCUCUAGGCAUGGCCCAGGAGAAACCUCCCCGGAAAGGAGUGGUGGAGCCCCCCAGACCCAUGAAACCUCUCUACUGGACCAGGAUACAGCUCAACUCAGCUCAACACAAAAAAGAGGUGAGCACGUCGCUGGUCUGGGACAAGAUACAGGAGCCUGAUGUGAACUUUGAGGAGUUCGUAGAGCUGUUCUCCAAGACUGCUGUGAAGGAGAAGAAGAAACCCCUGUCAGAUACCAUCACCAAGUCUAAAGCCAAACAGGUGGUCAAAUUGCUGAACAACAAGCGUUCUCAGGCGGUGGGGAUUCUGAUGUCCAGUCUGCAUCUGGACAUGAAGGACAUCCAGCAUGCCAUCCUGAACCUGGACAAUACUGUGGUGGAUCUGGAGACUCUACAAGCCCUCUAUGAAAACAGAGCACAACAGGAUGAGAUGGAGAAAAUCGAUAAGCACAUCAAGUCAUCUAAAGACAAGGACAACGCCAAACCACUGGACAAACCUGAACAGUUCCUGUUCCAGUUACAUCAGAUCCCCAACUUCUCAGGCCGGGUGUUCUGUAUCCUGUUUCAGUCCACCUUCUCUGAAUGGAUCUCCUCUAUCCUGCGCAAACUGGACAUCCUGCAGAGAGUGUGCACGACCUUGCAGAGUGGCCAGUGUGUGAUGCAGGUGCUGGGUCUGGUCCUGGCCUUUGGUAACUUCAUGAAUGGUGGCAACCGAACCAGAGGACAGGCUGACGGCUUUAACCUGGAUAUCCUGCCCAAGCUGAAGGAUGUGAAGAGCAGUGAUAACACACGGAGCCUGUUGUCCUACAUAGUGGCUUACUAUCUGAGGCACUUUGACCAGGACGCCGGCAGGGAGACGUGCCUCUACCCUCUCCCUGAGCCCCAGGAUCUGUUCCAGGCUUCACAGAUGAAGUUUGAGGACUUUCAGAAGGACCUGACCAGGCUGAAGAAGGACCUUCGAGUGUGCAACACAGAGGUGGAGAAGGUGUGUCAAGUGUCAUCUGAAGAUCACCUGCAGCCCUUCAAGGACAAGAUGGAGGAAUUCCUCAGCCAAGCUAAAUCUGAACUGGAGGUCCAGGAGACGCAGCUCAGUGACACUCACAAGUUGUUCCUGGAGUUGACGGUGUUCUACCAGGUGAAGGCUAAGAUGGGUGAGAAGGAGGUUUCCCCCCACACCUUCUUCUCCGUGUGGCACGACUUCUCCUCCGACUUUAAAGACCUGUGGAAGAAGGAGAACAAGAUGAUCCUACAGGAAAGGUAG